CCGAUCUGUCCAUCAUGAAAAUAUCUGUCCUACAACAUGCACCCGCCCAACAUCUCCCUGUCCGUCCGGGCGAUCCUACGCCCACCUCACGGAAUCUUGACCCGCUGCUCCACCCCUUUGCUAAAGCAAGAGAACGUACACGCGCGCUGAACGCUGCCAAGAUGGACCGCAUUUUCGCCAAACCCUUCGUAGCCAGCUUAGAAGGGCACGUUGACGCGGUGGAAUGCCUGGCAAGGCAACCCGGGACGCUGUCCGCGGUGGCGAGCGGAAGCUGGGACGGAGGCUUGAUCGUGCAUGACAUCUCGACACGGGAAAGAAGAUUACACGUACCACAAGCGCACAAGGGGAAGGUGACAGGGGUGUGCUAUGCGGGGGAGGGGAGGGUGCUGAGCUGUGGGGUGGACAAGACUGUCAAGUUGUGGGAUGUGGGGCACGGAGAGGAGCCCGUCAAUGUCUUCCCCGCAAAGCACGCCUUCAACACCAUCGAUCAUCAUCGGACAGACCCUGUCUUCGCAACAGGAUCCAGCUUAGUGCAGAUAUGGGACGAGACGAAGAGCGCCCCAGUAUCCAACCUCACAUUCCCCACCUCCACCGAAACCGUCACCGCCGUCCGCUUCAACCUCGCCGAAUCCUCCGUCCUCGCCAGCAUCGGCUCCGACCGCACCUUCACCCUUUACGACAUCCGCACAGGCAAGGCCGAGCGCCGCGUCGUCAUGAACAUGCGCAACAACUCCCUCGCGUGGUCCCCGACCUUCCCAACCUCCGUGCUUUUGGCGUCGGAGGACCAUAACCUUUAUACGUUCGAUAUAAGGCAUUUGGAUACGCCGACGCAGAUAUAUAAGGCGCACGUUGCGGCGGUGAUGAGCUGUGAUUGGGCACCGACGGGGCUGGAGUUCGUGAGUGGUGGGUGGGAUAGGACGGUGAGGAUAUGGAAGGAGGGGAGGGGGCAUAGUCCGGAGGUGUAUCACACGAAGCGGAUGCAGAGAGUAUCUUCCACCAUCUUCACCGGUGACGCACGCUUCGUCGUCUCCGGCUCCGACGAUGGGAACGUACGCGUAUGGAAGGCGAAGGCCUCGGACAAGCUUGGCAUCAUCACCGCACGCGAGCGUGCAGCGAUGGAGUACCGCGACAGCCUCAAGGAGAGGUGGAAGAACGACAAGGAGGUCAACAAGGUCAUCAGGACCCGCCACCUCCCCAAACCCGUCUACAAGGCAGCCUCGCUCAAGCGGACGAUGCUCGAGGCGCGGCGUGUCAAGGAGGAGCGGAGACGGAAGCACACACGGGCGGGCGAGAGCAAGCCAAAAGCAGAGAGGAAGAAGAUUGUUAUUCAGGAGCAAUCAUGAGGGGGGUAUCGUUUGUUGUUGACUUUUGGUCGUCUUCUGUAUCUGCAUCUCCCACUUGCUUCAUGUUUGUACUUCCUGCAUCUUGUAUCCAUCUAGCUCGCAUGCUCUGUUACAAGGCUCAAGGUUUCCAGUG